CUAUCUCUAUAUAUGUAUAUACGUGUACAUGUAUAUUUAAUUUAUGAUCGAUACGGCGUACAGACGGACAAUGCCCAUUGAGUAGUGAAGAAUUGAAAAUGAGGGAUUUUAUAUUUACAAUAAUAUUGUCCGCCUGUCUGGCGUUGACAGGCGCACAAAUGGACACUACAGUAUGCACUGGCCAAAUACCAGGGCCAAACGAUCCACCACUGCCACCAAGCUUGCCAAACCAGUUUGAGGUUCACGUUGAGGCUAACAUUAACAACCGUAACUACACUACCAGCUACCAUAUAUAUUACGACCAGGUCAAUAACAAGGUGGCCACUCAUGUCGACAACGCCGGUACGAAUACCGAGGACCUCUACAGAUUCGAUACUAACGAGUUUUUCCAUGUCGAUCGAGACAAUGGUAUAUGCACGGUUCAACCAUUGUUACGUUCCCCUCAGUUGUUCCUGUUUGGAACACCAGUCGGGGAUAAAGCGGUCAUGAAAACGCCCAGUGAAGUUCUUCACUUUAAUGAGACCGGAAUUCAACAGAAAUGGAUAAACCAAACAGUAGUGCGCGGGAUCACGUGCAAUUUAUGGCGGUCAUGUCUGUACUGGGAUAGCACGAAAUCUACCAUGGUAGUUGACUGGUACUUUAGUGCUCCACUUUGGCAAACAGCUCGAUUAACGCCUCAAUUACCUGUGCGCGCGCAUGUUUACGGCAAUACCUUAAUGUCCAAUGGUAAAAGACGAACAUUUGAUCAUAUGUAUGAAUUUGCUGACUUCAUCACAAGUCCAAGAAAACAUAUGACAGCGUUUGAGACGCCCACCGGAGUUUAUUGUCCAAGAGCGAAGAACAUUAAACCUUUACCGACACCUACCUCAUCUUUUCAUUUCACCGCCGAGAUUAUUUACGGACAGUCUAUUUCCCGCAUUAAGGAAUGGUAUGACAGCGACAUGAACCUUGUACGUUACGAUUACGAUCCUCUAGGAGCUGAUAGAAAAUACGGGUCUCUACCUUUAACACAGGUGCACGACUUUACUACAGGUGUUGCGUACGUUAUUGAUACUUUGAGAGGGAACUGCACAGCGACGCCAAUUGCUAAUACUGGAUUUGACGUCAGAAAUGCAGAUCCUACGCACGUGCGUAUAAGGACGUCAAAGGAGUUCUUUUACUUCGACAAAGCCUCUUACAUCUAUGAGGGACAGAGACUUGUCCGUAGUAUUACCAGUGACGUAUGGAUAGCUCAAAGAAACGAUUGGCCUAGACCGAACUCUGCUAAUUCUACGUGGGAAUGGUAUUUUGCGAAACGGAACUAUACAACUAAUGCACCAACAUCAUUUGGUAACCCGACAAGAAUGGUUUUGGAUGCUGGACUGGGUCAGCAUUAUGUUUACAAUAUUUACAACUAUCAAGAAAACCGACCAAUGAUUUGGUCGUAUGACAUCAGUAAUUGUUUUAACUACACUGAACGUAAAGACUUUUCUUUUAAACUGCCAGGAAGUUACCGAAAAACGGUCAAUGGAAAUAUGGAAGGGUUCCGUUACGCCAUCAUCAGAGCUAUCGUAAAGGCGGGAACUGUCAACAAAAUCCCACUGUCUAUGCUUCGUAUUAACAAUGUGCAGACUGACUACUCUGACAACAACGAUAUAACCGUACAAUUUACAUUAUUGGACAAGGCACCACAAAUAGGUGACGUCAGCAACCCAAAGCCGGAAAACAGUCUGGCCGUUGUCGCAAAAUCUAUUUCCGGUGCAAUAAACGCCGGCCAGAUGAUUGUGAGUCUGCAGUCGCCAACUGCUACAGCAACCAUGGUUGCGAGGCCGUUUUCACUUACACCUGGCACAGUUGUGAAAGAUGCCUAUUACAAGCAAACGCAGCAGGGAUCAACGACUACUACCGGUGUUUCCGGUGGAGCAAUGGCUGGAAUGGGCGUGGCUUUGCUGGUCGUAUUUUUCAUCAUAGGCGUGUUCGCCACAUACAUGUUCUACAGAAAACAGGGCGGGGCAUUCGGGCCCAAAAAGUUUGACAAUGAAGUGGAUAUAACAAACAGUUCUAGCUAAUGAAAAUUUACAUUUUUUACUUUUAAUUAUAUUAUACAGUAUUAUUUCACGUUACUACGUUACUAAAAAAGACAUGUGUCACGGAUGUAACAGCGAAUAAAAUACUACAAAAUAGAGAUUACAAUGAGCUAAAACAAAAUGUUAUAGUCCAUCAAUCAAAACUAAUCUAUACACAAGACAAUAACCAUCUGUUCCAACGAUGUGGAAAAUUUGUUCAAAUAGUAAUGGUGGCAGACGCUUUAUGUAAAUUUAAAUUAAUGAGCGUCUGCAUGAAUUAUAUGUCUGACCAGCUAACACGAGAUUUCAACGAGAAGUCGGCCAGUAACAAUAUUAUGCAUCAUUUUAUUUUGUGUUUAGAUAAUCUUUGUUAUCAUUCUCAAGUAAAUUGUGUCUUAUAAACUUAUUAAAAAAUACAUCAAAAACUUU